GUAGGUAAAAGCUGUUGUUCCAGAAAACGCGUUGCUAUAUUGGUGGUGAUCAUCCUUGUACUGGUCCUGGCCACAUAUGUAAUAAUCACAUAUGGCCCAACCACAGGCAGCCAAAAAGGCUCAACAACAUUGUCCCUCAUCCCUGAAGAGGCACCAGGCUGCCCCCCACCAUGGAAAAAACAUGGGAGAAAAUGCUACUUCUUUUCUCCAGAGGUGAUAGAGAAGGACUGGAACACCUCCCGUGAAGAAUGCACUGCCAUGGGCUCAGACCUGGUGAUCAUUAACAGCAAGGAAGAGCUGAGAUACCUUCUCUCACAAUCAAGUCAUGCGUACUAUUUACUUGGCCUCACACGUUGUCAAAAGGAGCAGAAGUGGAAGUGGAUCAACAACAUGAAACAUAACCCAAACAUGUUCAAUAUAAGCAGAUGUUAUAGCGACUAUCACUGCACAGUCAUUGGAUUUGGUGAAGUAUCAACUGCACCUUGUGGUGGAUCCACAACAACAAAAAACAUGUGUGAAAAAGCUGCAAGAAUGUCAAAAAGGCAUCGGAAGGAGAGCUAAAACCAAGCAGGAAUGUCACCCCAGCUUCCUGUAGGAAAUGUGGAUGGGAUGGAUCUCAUUUCUCUUUAACUGCCCAACUCUGCUCCCAGGGACUCCUGCAGCCUCUCUCCAGACUCGUGGCCGAGCUCAAGCCCACUCUUUCCCUGAUGGUGUCUGAGCCUGGAUGGAUCCCCUCUGCAAGAGCUGGCACUGGCACACAGGAGGAACCUGGGACUGUCUUAAGCCAGAGGUGGCACUUCCAGGCAGGCACUGCCAGGGGAGAGGCGUCCAGGCUGGGGACAGGGGUGAUCCCAAACAGAUCCUGACUCUGCAAGUCACAUCCAUCCACAGCCCUGUGUUCCCAGCCUUGCCUGGGCAUGAGGAGACUCUUCCCCACCUGGCCACAGCCUGGCCUUGCCUGCAGCCACAAGGGAAGGGGAGCACAGAUUUCUGGUUGGGAUCUGGUAGGGAAGGGCAACCCCACUCCUUGCCAGGAUGGACAGGACAAAGUCAGGUGUGGAUGUGGAUAAACCUUCCCCCGUCCCAGACUGUUCCAAGAGCACACAGGAUCCCUGAGCCUGUGGGGGGAAAAUGGGAAUCAGCCCAAGGAAAAGGAUCCUACAGCAGCACAGCUCUGGGUAUAAAAUCAGCCACAGUCGCAUGUGGGGAAGGGAAGGAGUAUCAGAUUUAGGAUCUGCUGGGAAAGGGCACAGGAUGGAAACCAGCAGAGAUGACCAGCAAGGCCUGAAAAACAGAGUCCUGACAGAAGCUGAGCUGGACAGAAAAGAGUACAAUGAAACCCACAGUGACCCGUGAAGGAGUUGGUGAGAAGUAUGAGAGUGACCUGCAGGGAAUGGCAACACCAUGCUCCAUCCUCUUUUCCAUGGAGAUUGAUCACAGGAGGAAAUGAUGCCUAAGGGCUUAUGUUCAGAAGAGUUCAAGCCAACAGCACAAACAGGUGGCACCGGGAAAACCGAGCUGUGAUCAGGAAAAUCAGGAAACACGGAAUGUCACCAAUGCUCUGCCCAUGUGCUUCAGUGGCUCUUGGGACCAUGGGCCUUGUGUGACUCCAACAAUUAUCCUUCCUGCUGUGUCCUUUCUGGCAGAAUCAUCCCUCCUUUAUUGGUGCCUUUCAUUGCUCUCCCCUUCAGCUGCAGGAUGAAAAAGUGACACUGAUGGCCUGGUUUACCACAGGAAAAAAAAUUGCUCAAUCAGAAAAUCUGUACACAGCCUGCUGUGGCCAUUGGAAGGGAAAAUGGAAUCCUACAGGAAAAACUGUCUCUGGCUUGAAAGCACAUUUUGAUGCGCCUCACACCAGCUGUCCUCCUCACUGACUGCUCGCAUCAAGAUGCUGUGGAAAGGUAUUUGCAGUUCUUUCCCUGACUUUCAAUCCCCAAAGAACAGAGUAAGAACAUGGAGCUGUAGCAGAAUGCUCUCAGUGUCCGACCCCAGGAUCUGCACUGUUAUUCCACAAGGAAUCUGAGCUGGAGGGGCUCUUUGCUUGCACUCACUUUACUGGAGAUGGUAGGAGAGCAUUCUGUGUUGUGUUAUAGAUUUCUGCCCUUCUGUUUUCAUAUUCCAGCUGUUGGAAUGGGACCCCUGGGAUCAAGUGGGCUCUCCUGAAGGCAGGGCCAAGGAAAAGCCUCUUCCCUGCGAGCCACUGGUGCUCAGCUGGAGCCUUCAGCAGGCAGUGGAGGCAGCAGCUGUGCACCAGGAGGGUGGGAAGAGGAAGCCACCCUGAGGCUACUGUGGAACUGCACAAACCCCGUCAAACCCAGAAACCCACAGGAAGUCUCAGGACUCGGGAGCAACUACGGCUCGCAAGGAAAUCCUACCAAAGGCAGAAGUUUGAUUGAAAGUGCUUUGUUUCCUCUGCCUCUCCACUGAUCUUGUGGUCUGAGUUUUACAAUAAA